AUGCAGCUACACGAGAGCGCGCUUGCAGUGACGCUGGCGGUGCUGUCUCUGGUGACGCUCUUCCUCAUCUUUUCUCCCGCGUCCCCCUGGGCGCCGACCGACGGCGCCGAGCGGUACAGGGGCUGGACCAGAGACCACGUGCCUCUCUUCUUUGAGUGGUGGACCCUACUCGACCGCCUGCACCAGGAGAGCCGCUCGGGCAAGAUCGAAGGCCACAUGUCGUCCCACCAGGCCUCUUACUACACGUCGCUGGGCCAGCUGCCUUUCGUGCGCACGGUGUGCGAGAUAGGGUUCAACGGCGGCCACUCGGCCGUCAUGUGGCUCACCUCCAACCCAGACCUGCAUCUCUACGCGUUCGACCUCGGGCUGCACAGCUACGCCCGCACAGCCCAGAACUGGAUUGACCAACACUUCCCUGGGAGGCUCACCCUCACGCUGGGCGACUCUGUGGAGACCGUGCCGGCCUUCGCGCGCGACCACCCCGAACUGUUAUGCGACGUUCUCCACAUCGACGGCGGCCACUUCUACGGCGUGCCCCUGGCCGACCUGCGCAACAUGCGCCGCAUGGCGGCCCGCCCCACCCACUUGGUCCUCAUCGACGGUGUGGAGUGUCCGCACGUGUGGUGCGAGGCCCGGCAGCGGGCAUGGGAUCAGAUGAAGGGGGAACACGCCAUCGAAGAGUGGGAGUGCGUGUCCUCCGGGGAGGGGAACAAGGGCUGGUGCGCCGGCCGGUACACCCCAUUGUGA